GCGCUGCAGGCAGUUGUCAUGGCGAUCAGACGCGCUGACGAUUGAAUUAGAUGUGCUUUGGCUUUCACCCUUUCUCUGAUACGAAAAAUUUCCAACAUGUUUUGCCUACAACUUUCAACGAAUGUUAGAUAAAACGCAUGUUGUUCUUAGGGUGCGGUAACAGCGCCACCACGUCGCAGCGUCCGAAAAGCAAGAAAAAAAAUUUGUCGCAUUGAAGCGAACGAUAGGAUGAAACUCCAUUCCGACUCGAACUUGGCGGAUUUUCUUCCAGUACAUGUCAGGAGAAAGCUGAGGCACUCCAGCCCACCUUAGCGUGCGAUGGAAGACCUGAGUACCUCAAUGCUCCCACCAUCUCCAGUCGACGAGCUCAAUGGCGACCAGGAAGAGAGUUACCUUUGUCCAUUGUGCUUGUAUUCCACCACAAGUGCAGCCAUUCUUUUUCGGCACUUAUUCAUACACACUGGCAUCAAGCCAUAUUGCUGCUUUGAGUGUGGAGAACGCUUUGCCAUCCCCGAGACUCUCCGAAGUCACGUGACAGAGAAGCACAUACGGAAGCUUCCACUUCACUGUGAUCGAUGCAAGAGUGACUUUCGCUUCCGCCUAGAGCUCUGCCAACACGAAGUUGUGACGUCUUUGGAGACCCUGCACUACUGCUACUACUGUGGAAAAGGUUUCCUCUCUGCAUCAGAUGUCCUCCAGCAUGCACGGACAUCUCACUUGCCUUCCAGGAAGCACGAGUGUGAUGUCUGUGGCCGCUUCUUUCCAACUUUUGAGAGCAUCAGCAUUCACAGCGUCUUUCAUUUGCGGCAUGGUGGCCCUUAUCGUCAAGCAGCUAUUGGGUCGAGGAAGUACACAAAAUUCCAUCGGAAACGACGACCACACCGUUGCCUUUUCUGCCCAAGGCACUUCCUGUACUUGGAAUCCCUGAAGAGGCACCAGCUCACACAUAAGCUCGAAAACAGUUCCCUGUGUCGCAUCUGUGACCGACCCUUCACACUUCCUUGCUCAGUACAGGGCCACCUCAAGGAGCACGAAGAGGAGCUGCGGCUGUAUGCAGAAGAGUUGCCACAUGGCAUCAUCCCCUCAGAGCCACCGCACGAGUGUGAGCUCUGUGGCAAGACCUAUUCCACGAGCAACAGUUUGCGAGCCCACCGGAAGACGCACAGUUCUGAUCGGCCACACAAGUGCGAUGUUUGUCAGAAGCAGUUCCUGCGCUCUUAUGACCUGAAGCGCCACCUACGAAUCCACACUGGCGAGCGGCCCUUUGUCUGUGACGUCUGUGGCCAGGGCUUUUUCCAGUCAUCAGCCAUGCGCAAUCACUUGCGCACCCAUACAGGCGAGCGCCCCUUUUCCUGCGAUGUUUGUGGCAAGGACUUUACUCUAGCAUCAACAUUGCGGGGCCACAUGAAGAUCCACACAGGCGAGCGACCACACCGCUGUGCCCUGUGUGCCAAGUCCUUCUCACGCCCCUACGAGCUCAAAACGCACAUGCGCAUCCACACAGGCGAGCGUCCCUUCGCUUGCGGUGUGUGUGGCCUUGGCUUCGCCCAGGCCUCAACGUUGCGGACUCACGUCAAGAUUCACGAGCAAGGGGGGGCAGCGUCCUUUGCCUGUCGUUUGUGCGGUGAGGCCUUUGCGCAGGCGGCGGACCUCGAGGCGCACUCCAAGAUCCACCUCGGUGAGCUGUCCCCGCAGCCGCUAGAGCCUGCGCUGCCAUUCCGCUGCAGCAUCUGCUCAAAGACCUUCACGCGACAGACGCAUCUGCGCAACCACAUGAAGCUGCACCUGGGUCCAGAACCCUUCAAAUGCGAGGUGUGUGGCCAGGCAUUUUCGCAGUUUUCUACCCUAAAGAGCCACCUCAAGGCACACAUGGGUGAGCCAUCAUACUCGUGCUCGGCAUGUGGCCAGCACUUCCUGCAGUUUGCAGCGCUCAAGGCACACAUGGCACUGCACAGCAACGAGAAGGCACUCGUUGACUAGGCACCAUUCCCACUGAUGCUUGUUGCGUGACUGUGGCACAUUUGAGCUCUUAUUCCUUUUGAAGAUGGCUCACCAAUUAGCCAAAGUAGGAAUGUACUGUAUUUACCCAGGUGUAAUUCAACUCAAAGUGAAGUAAUCCUGCUCGCUCCUUCAUAAUGCUGUAAAAGGGAAUAUGUUAACAAAUGUGUAAAUGAACUCUUGAAAAAUUCUACUCUGGAUCUUGUUAAUAAAUUGGUCAUAAGUUUGUGGAGUUAUGCUGGUGAAACUUUUAUCAUUGAGCUUAUUCAUUAGCCAAUUAACCAAAGUAGAGAAAUACUUUAAACGUCAACUGAAAGGCAAGUUGACUUGCUUGUGACAGUGGUGAGUGACAAAAUGUUUAGCAGAACUGAAGCCAAUUUGAAAAAGAAUUAUGCUGCUUGUAGAAACUGUAUUUGGCUGAUUCAAGGCUGGUGAUGGAAGGCCUCCAUAAUGCCUAUUAACUUUCCUCUUGGAAAUUGAGGCAUUGCUCGCUCUAUGUAGAAAGGUGACAGCCAUUCUUUUGGCAUCAUGUUGAAUAAGUCUAUAGAUAACUGCAGUGGAAUAGAACAUUAAGACAAACCAGUAUUUUAUUUAUUUUGCAACCAUAGGCUAUCAGUAACACAGAACAAUCGACUACUUUGAUUUGGAUGGUUGCUGAAACUCAAGGCAAAUUGCAUGUAAAUAUGAUGAUGUAGUUGAGUUGGUUGUUUCUGUGCAGGUUGUGCAUGUCGCUGCUGUACUGUAGUGGACAUUUUAAAUUAGUUACAUUUUCUCGAGGUCUCGGCAAACAAUGUGGAAAGGCUUCCUUGUAGCUUAUUUGUGGGUCAUUGGUUGCGUCAGCAUUCUUAACGUAGUCAGGUUCGAUGUGUUUACAAUUACUUCUAGGUGCACUAUGCGGACUCUGUUUGAUUUUGCAAUAAGGGCUUUCUUUUGUUUUGGGACUAUGUGUACUUUCCUUUUGGCUGGCAGUCGCACUCGGGUAUUGACAAAAUUGCAUCAUAGAGGAGAACUCAUGCAAGUUAUGAAUGUUUACUCAUUCACAUUUUGCUACUUGCACAAAUAAGGAUAGCUCAUGUAAGCAGCAUGCAGUAGGUAGUUAAAAUGCCCUUGUUGGAAGCUAUGCAACAAAUGAACCAAAAAUGCUUAUAGGUUUACUUUCUCUAAAUGCUUUGCAAAACACAAAAGUCUCAAAUUUUGUUUGUGAUUGAUAAUAUUUCAUGAAUAUUACAAACAACCCGUCAUAAGCUUCAAACAGUAGGGAAUGCAGGCUCACCUGGACCUAGAAUCCCCACGUUGACCCCCCCUCCCCAAGCCCUCAGAGAUAAAAAAUUUGCCAUUUAUGGGUUGAUUUCUAUUUGGGUAAAUGCAGUACAUCAUACUUUAUUUUCUUUCUAUGGUAUAGGAGGUAUGCACUGACAUCAUCAAGGCUGCCAUAUUGCUGUACAGCCAGCACGGCGAAAAGCUGCACUUCAUCUCGAUCCACUUAACUGCACAGUGAAAGCUAUGAACGGACAACAAAAUGGCACAUGUGAUGCCAUGUGAAUACUCCCUAUAGGAAUGCAGUGGCAACAUAUAAGAAAAUAUAAGAAAUUAGCAACGUGUUGAUAUAAAGUCAUCAAAAGCACUUACCUAGUCUGCUAGAGUUCUUGUAUUUGGCCUCCAUGAAUGGACUGGUGUAACUUAUGAGCAUGAGAUGCUCCCCAAUUAUGUGUCACACGUUUGUGGUAUUCGAACUUGUGCAUCAAACAUUAAUGCUGUGUUAUAGUAUAAAUGCAUUCAAAUCUAAUAUAAUUUUACUUUUUUGAGAGUGUAA